GUACCUUAUAUUAACCAUCUACAAAAUCUAUACGCAUGUUAACGAAACCAUGCAAGAAAAAUUAACAUUGAGGAAAACAAUCGACAUGAUAAAAUUAAGUUUGUUCUUAACUUGGUUUUGGCCUCUCCCAAAAGAUUUAGUCAUUUUCGAAUUGGAAAAUUUUUGUAAAUUAAUCAAACCUGACGAGGAAGCUAUCUGCCAACAAUAUAUUGACAAGUACGCGUUCUUUUGUGGUGGUUGUAUGACUUGUAUAUAUCUAUUCGUUUUUGUUAUCAUCGCUGCACCCGUCGCACUGGAUCAACCAUUUCCGACAAAUGCUGAAUAUCCAUUCGAUAUUUACCACCAACCGGUUAGAUCUAUUCUUUUUAUUCACCAAUCUAUAUGUGCGCUACAAACUGCUGCGCACCUAUGUCUGAAUUUCUUCACAGCGUUUCUGCUCUUGUUUACAUCAGCAAGAUUUGAAUUACUAAUAAAGAAGCUGCGUGCAGUUACAAAUAUUUAUGAUUUAAUGAAAUGUGUUCAGGAACAUCAGAAAUUGCUGAAAUAUGCAGAACAAGUUGCUUACUUAAUACGUCCUUAUGCACUUAUAACUAUAACUUUUAGUACUUUCGGAUUAAUUAUAAUUGGUCUUAUUUUUAUUACUGAUCAGCCAUUGCCAAUGAAGAUCGAAUGCAUUAGUUUAGCUUGUAGUGGAUUAUCGGAAGUAAUUAUGUAUACUUGGCCAGCAGAACAUUUAAUUGAAAUUAGCAGCAAAAUGGGAGAAGCUAUUUAUGAUAUAAAAUGGUACGGGCAGUCAUUAGAACUACAGAGAAGCUUACAAAUCAUUUUGAUGAGAUCACAAAAACCAACAACUAUUGCGAUAUCUGGUAUCAUGCCCUCAUUAUCUUUGAAUUACUAUGCAUCGUAUAUAUCGACUAUACUCUCCUAUUUCACGACUCUACGAGUAUUUAUGCAAAGUAAUCAAGAUGUAAACUAAUCAAAGAUAACAAAGAAAGAGCGUAUUUUGGACAACCUUCGAAAAUAAAUUAUUAUAUUAGAUAAUUUCAAUAAUAGUAAACAGUGUUACAUGCAAAUGGACUAAUUGACU